UGGUUCCAAGCCUCUUCCGGUCCUUAUCACUCCUCGUUCUCGUCGCUUCACCGCCGAGAUGAAGCCGAUCCUGCUGCAGGGCCAUGAGCGGUCCAUUACGCAGAUUAAGUAUAACCGCGAGGGAGACCUCCUCUUCACCGUGGCCAAGGACCCUAUUGUCAAUGUAUGGUACUCUGUGAACGGGGAGAGACUGGGCACCUACAUGGGCCAUACUGGUGCUGUGUGGUGUGUAGAUGCUGACUGGGACACCAAACAUGUCCUCACUGGCUCAGCUGACAACAGCUGUCGUCUCUGGGACUGUGAAACAGGGAAGCAGCUGGCCCUACUCAAGACCAACUCAGCCGUCCGCACCUGUGGUUUUGACUUUGGGGGCAACAUCAUCAUGUUCUCCACGGACAAGCAGAUGGGCUAUCAGUGCUUUGUGAGCUUCUUUGACCUGCGGGAUCCAAGCCAGAUUGACAACAAUGAGCCCUACAUGAAGAUCCCUUGCAAUGACUCCAAGAUCACCAGUGCAGUUUGGGGACCUCUGGGAGAGUGCAUCAUUGCAGGCCAUGAAAGUGGAGAGCUCAACCAGUAUAGUGCCAAGUCCGGAGAUGUAUUGGUGAAUGUUAAGGAGCACUCCCGGCAGAUCAAUGAUAUCCAGUUAUCCAGGGACAUGACCAUGUUUGUCACGGCAUCCAAAGACAACACAGCCAAGCUCUUUGACUCUACAACCCUUGAACAUCAGAAGACUUUCCGGACAGAACGUCCUGUCAAUUCAGCUGCCUUGUCUCCCAACUAUGACCAUGUGGUGCUGGGUGGUGGUCAGGAAGCCAUGGAUGUAACCACAACUUCCACCAGGAUUGGCAAGUUUGAGGCCAGGUUCUUCCAUUUGGCCUUUGAAGAAGAGUUUGGAAGAGUCAAGGGCCACUUUGGACCUAUCAACAGUGUUGCCUUCCAUCCUGAUGGCAAGAGCUAUAGCAGCGGUGGUGAAGAUGGAUAUGUCCGCAUCCACUACUUCGACCCACAGUAUUUCGAAUUUGAGUUUGAAGCUUAAGAAGCUGGAUCUUCAUCCAGGCCAGGGAGGCUGCUUACAGAAAGUUUUGGACUCUGAGAAAUAAAUUAGUUUGGUAAUAAAUAGUUUCUGUUUAGA